UAUAUAUCACUCUAUAUAAUAUAACCAUACCAUUUUUUUCAUCCCACAUCGAAAAAAAAAAAGAAAAAGAAAAGAAAAUGUCACCCAUGGGAGUUGAAGGAAUGAAGGUUCACGAGUUUGCACGUGGGUUAUGGGAGCACGAACCCACUUCCCUAACCCUCGGCUGCAAACGGCUCAGGCCACUUGCACCAAAGAUGAACUCGGGUUUUGACCUGAAAAGCUUCAUUCGGCCGGAGAGUGGGCCCACAAAGCUCGGCUCCCCGGAAUAUCAGAAGAAGGAAUCUGUUCAGGUGGAAGCACAAGCAGGUGGGACCCGGUGGAACCCGACACAGGAACAGAUUGGAAUACUGGAGAUGUUGUACAGAAGCGGGAUGCGAACCCCGAACGCCCACCAAAUCGAGCAGAUCACCGCACAGCUCGCAAAGUACGGGAAGAUCGAGGGCAAAAACGUCUUUUACUGGUUCCAGAACCACAAAGCCCGCGAGCGUCAGAAGCAAAAGCGCAAUAGCCUCGGCCUCACUCACAGCCCCAAAACCCCAUUUUCUCCUCCAACCACCACUCUCUUACUAUCCCCGGCAAGUGGGCUGGAUGAGGAAUUGUCUGAUGGUACACCAUACAAAAGGAAGUGCAAAUCUUGGGCAUUUGACCAAUGCUUAGAAGAAGUCAACAAAAAAUGUACAGCAGCAGCGCAAGACCAAAUUAAUGAAGAGGAAGUGGAAAAUCGGACCUUGAAGCUUUUCCCUUUGCAUCCUGAAGGGAGAAUGUUUUAGGAUUAAUUUAAUUUUAAUGUUAAUUUUUAACUUUGGUUCGUUUUGUAAUAUUAAUUAUAAUUAUUAUCUGCAGCUUGCCAGUUCCAUUAUUUUUCAUUGCUUUUCUAUGUAGGAAGGAUGAGAGACGAGUUGUAUGAUGAGCCCCUUAAUUUAUCUAUCCUCAUUAAUUAAUAACUCUAAUCCACCAACUUUUUCUUUUUAUUUUUAUUUAAUAUUGGCCUAAUUUGUGCCUAAUUCAACUGAAAGGGUCUGAAAUCAACGUGCUUUAUCGGGUUUAAAUUAGAAAUUAG